AUGACACCAGCAGGAUUUCUCUCAUUCGCCCGUGUUGAGGUCGUCGUAAGCAUAAAAGGUGCCACCUGCCUGACCAAAAUUGUCGCUUCAAAAAAAAAUAUCAGAGCACUACGAGCACAGCAAGCGCACCUCAGAUCCCAUCAUUGCAAGCAGCAAUUCCAACUCUCCAUUGACAAUGACACCCUCUCUGCCGGAACAUGCUGCGGCACGCGAGAUUCCAGAGGUCGCCUAGAUCAAGUCCCCCGACUGUUGACCAACUUCUGUCACGAUUUGUCCGCCCGUGCCUUCCUCGCUCGGCUGACGGUGAACCUGGAUCGUCACCGGACAACCCGAUUGAUCUGGAUGAUAGAACGGAUGAAAAACACGACACGGAACCUCUCAGUGAAGAUUGAGAAACAUCACCCCUUGGAGGCGACACCGAGCGUGAAAGGGGAGUCGCAGAUGCAGCCACAGCCGGGGUCAUGCCCAACAGCACCCGCGCAGCCAGUACCAGAGCCAGAGCCAGAGCCAAAGGCGGUCAAUGCAAGCGAACCCGCCCAGCCAGAACCAGAGCCAAAGGCGGUCACUGCAAGCGAACGAGGUCUUGACUGCGCUGGCAGUGACAAGGAGAAUGUUGAACCAUCUAGACCGCGACGGUCCAUCUCCGCCGCACUGCCGGAUAACAUCUCCGAGGACGGACCCUCGAAGGAAACCCAUGCCACAGUCGGCGACUCUUUCACACACCACCUUGAGCCAGACACAAGCUCACCCCAUAUCCUGCUACAUCGUGAGGCCAGGGAAGGACAUCUUGAAUUUCUCCUGUGGGCGCCCAUAUGGCGGUCGGAGGAUGACAUUGCGAAGGUACAUCCAGAUCAGCUCAAGCGAUACAAGGAGAGGUUGGACGUCGGGCCCGCAAGAAGGGCGUCUCAGGCAAGAAAGCGAGCACGGUCCCCUUUUCCAGAGCCUAGGAGAUCAUCACGUCAGAAAAAGUCGCGGCAGUGCUAA